AUACAAAGCAUUUGUGGAAUAUAAAGAAAAAAACAUUCUUUAUAACAAUCUCCCGAUAAUUUAGGACUGUGGGGAGAAGGGUGGACCACAGUUGGGAUGGUGUAGCGGAGGGUGCAGGGCCAGAAGAGAGGAGAUUUAGGCUGAAGAUGCAGGUGUCUGCAUGGAUGUUGUGGGUGGCAUGGCUGUGUACCUGGAGCGAGGCGGUACGUCAGUGCGCAUGCCCACCUGACGAGCAGGUGACACAGAGGUCAGAGGGAAAAGGACACCUACGCCAUCGUCUGAUGCAUCAGCGGGCAUCACACAGAGACAGGGCCCAUCGCAGGAAAGGUUCCAGACUUGUUUCAGAAAUUAACCUACCUCGUAUUGUCCAUCAUCCUUCUGAUGUGGUGGUCCGAGUGGGCAGCCCGGCCACACUAUCCUGCAGGGCAGAGGGCAACCCUGAGCCAACAAUCCAGUGGCUCAGAAAUGGCCAACCUCUUGACAUGGACAAAAUGGAUGCGCAGUCACAGCCUAUCGUUUUACCAGAUGGAAGUUUGUUCUUCUUCAGCGUCGUCUUGGGCCGAAAGGGUCAGUCCCAUGAAGCAGUGUAUGCCUGCAUCGCUCGCAACAGCAUUGGAAACGCAACCAGCAGAAACGCUUCUCUUCAUAUAGCAGCUUUGCGGGAGGAUUUUCGUGUGCAGCCCAGUGAUGUAGAAGUAGCGAUUGGAGAGAUGGCAACAAUAAACUGCAGUCCACCUGUUGGACAUCCCGAACCCAACGUCACCUGGAGGAAAGACGGAAUACUCAUCAACAGCAGCAAUGAACACUACUCUGAGCUGAAAGGAAAACUGAUCAUCGCUCCAGCCCAGAAGAAUGACUCUGGAGUUUACAGCUGUAUAGCCUCAAACACAGUUGGGGUUCGAGAGAGUCGAGCUGCACGAUUGUCUGUUUUAGCAAAGCCAGCGUUGUUCCGUAAACCGGAGGAUGUGUCAGUUCAGCUUGGGGAGUCGGCACAGUUUUUCUGUGAGGCUGACGGAGACCCAAUGCCUUCUAUAGAGUGGAGCCGAGAACAAGGACCUCUACCUAAUGGCAGAUAUUUGAUCAACCCAGAUCACAGUCUGCAGAUCCACUAUGUAACAGCUCAGGACAUGGGCAGAUACAGCUGCACUGUGGAAAAUAAGCUUGGGGUGUCUGUGGCCAGCGCACAGCUUCUUGUAGAAGAUUCAGGGGGCACUAGACUAAGAGACCUACACAGAGAGCUGUCAGCCUUACGUGUAAGCCUGGAAAACGUCACAGUCAUGAGCACAGCCUCCAACAUGUCUCAAGUUAUGUGGAAGUUGCAAUCAUUUGGUUCACAGCCUCAUUAUCUUGAAGGCUUUGAGGUGCUGUAUCGCUCUCUCCUGCCAGCCAGCUCAGACUGGACAGCUCAAAGGGUUCCUCAGCCUGGCCUUCACACCCAUGUAGGUCCUCUGAAGAGAGGCUACAAGUAUGAGUUCAAAGUGCGGCCCUAUGGCAGCAGCCUGUACGGCAGAGAGAGCAACACCAGACACUUGAGAGUGCCAGAGAUAGUCCCCAGCGCUGCACCUCAGGAUGUGUCCAUAACAAUGCCUGCUGAGCGUAAUGACACUGUGCAUCUCAGCUGGGAGCCUCCACCUCAUGAUGCUCACAAUGGAAUCAUUCAGGGAUAUCAGGUGUGGUGUGUGGAGUCUGAAGAACAGACGUCUUUUAACUGGACGGUGGACAGUGGGACACACAGUAUUGAGAUCUUCACACUGCUGCCCAGCAGGUUGUACUGGGUCACAGUGGCUGCCGUUAAUGGGGCAGGUGUGGGUGUCCAGAGCGACCCAUACAAACUGCUCAUAGAGUCAAGACUGGAGGCGACUUCCUAUCAGACAGGCAUACUCAGUAUGUCUCAUUUCCUUAGUGUGAUUAAAGAGCCGGUUUUCAUUGGCAGCGCUGGCACCCUCCUGUGGUGUGUUUUGAUGAUUACUGCCGUGUUUUUGUACAGGAGACAUUUCAGACAAGCCAUUCCCGGUGGCAAAAGCUCGGGUUUAUAUAGACUGGAAAGUGAAGAUCUCAUCAUCAAACACAGAAUGGCGGCUCCAGACUCUCCUUGGAUCUCAGGAGGCUGGAGGCCAGGCUCCAACAGUGAGCCCAAGCAGGGCCUUUGGACCCCGAGCCAGGAGAACUCUGGCCUUCGAAGAACCACUCUGCCUAUUACGGCUAAAAAGGACCCCAACCCCCUGCGGUCAGCUGUCCCCAUCGUGCCAGACAAUUGUGGGGUCUAUGGCACCUUUUAUGUGGAUCUAUCCGGCAAUGGAUUGAAGACGUUUAAUAGUCCGGGCCGCUGUCCCAGAAUGCCUCAUGGCAACACUCAACUGCAAAACUCGGAGACCAUUCGCAUCACAGAGCCCAUAGUCAAAACCGCUGUUGUCAGGGAAGUGCAGGCAUUGCCAUGGAAACGUGCCCUCCCUGCCCAGCCCAACAUGGGAGUGAAGAAGGAAUCAUGGGAGAAAAAUGUCAAGCGUGAGCUGCAUGCGGUGAAAAGCGCCCCACUGAUGCCUCUGAAUCAACAAGCUCUGGCAGUGUGCAGUGCACCGAACCAUCAGCAGAGAUUCAGUCAGCAUCCUGCAGGUGGCGUAUCGGAGUCUGUGAAGCCGCUGAGUUCUCCACGUAUCCUGCACUACUCUGCCUCCCUGCAGCUGGUGGACAUGUUACCCAGCCCUCCACCUCCUCCCAUGGAGGACAACCACAGCCUGAGCUCAGAGGACGAGUCUACCAGAUCCACCAAGCUAACAGUGGACAUUGGUUCUCAGCAGUCUGUAUGUGCUGCCUCUGGGCUCCAGGGUUCAGCUUCAGCCACUACAGGCUGUCCAAACAACCACAGUCCAGCCCAGCUAAGCCCAUCCUUUAGCCAUCUGUCCACAGCCUCCUUCUGCCUCUCCACUGAUGACUACCAGGACACGACGCUCAGCACUCAGGGCCACACUCAAUACAUGGAGAUCAGCCCCAAACCACAGAGACAGAGCACAUCCCAUCAGAGUACUCCAUCGAUGCCCCGUCCAUUCUCUCCUACACCCACGCUGGGCUAUAUCUGUGGGCCUGGGGACCGGGAGAUGGAUGAGGAGCAGGAGACUGUGCCGAUCGGCCUCAGGAGAGCCACUCUAAGGAGCACACCGUCCUCUUGCUGCAGCGAAUGGGAGGGUUCAUUGUGGAACGGCUGGGGUUCGGUGUCUGAGAGCAACGUGACUAGCGCUCGCACCAGCAUCAUCAGCUCCUCGGACUGCUCCUUCAUAAAUGAUGCCAACUUCGCCCGCGUCCUGGCUUUGACUGCUGAAUCCAUGAGCGGUACUUUAUCAGAUUUCUCCCCGCCUGCGUCCCCCCUGAGUGUCCUGUUCCCCCCUCGAGAGUGUUUUGGAGAGGUGGAGCCUCUGCCCGUGUGGGACUGGAGCACAGCAUGGGUGGAAGAGUUGGAGGCCCAGUUUAAAGCCUCCAGAGACCCCAGAAGACCUGCCCGAAACUCAGGCAUUGAGCGUUGGAGAGGACAUCUGGAGAGCCCCUCGCACCGAUGAUCGACCCACACAUGCUUAAGGCUUGUUUAUGGACUACAUUUCCCUGCGUUCCUCAGGGCAACUGCCUUUACUUGUAGUUACAACGAGUUUGGGUUAGUAGCAAGGUCAGUUAAAUCGAACACACUGCUGCAAGGUACAGUAUGUGCAGUGUACACCACUUUCCAUAUGGACAGUUGUACCACACCAUCAUAAAGACUAUUGUAAAUAAAGCAGUUUUAUUUAAUAAACCUCCACAUAAGCUUUUAUAAAUAAAAUAUCAUUUGCGAUUUUAUAUGACAGAGCUAUCUAAACCAGUGGUCCCAACUUUUUUAUCACAGCGGACCGGUCAACACUUGACAACUUUACAGCAGCCCGGGGGAUUCUAUGUAGAUUGCUACGACCAUCAACCGUUUUCUUAGAAGAUGACAAGCUGAUCAAACAUUGCUGUAACUCUGAUACAAGUUUAAUUUAUGGAGAAAAUUAAAAGUACUGCAUUGUUUGGGUGUUUGUGUUUGUCUGAGAUAAUUAGUCUACUGAAAUGUGUAUGUUCCAUACAAAGUAUGAAGCUGAUCAGUUAGAUCUCGUCCAUGACUCACGAAACCGGGUGCGCCUGGCACGCAUGCAUCCCAUGACCAUGCUCAAGCAGUGCGCCUCCAUUGAAAAUAACAAACUUGUGCGCGGAAAAUAUACGAUACGUGAACAACUCAUUUGCUAUCAUUUGCGAUCUCCAGCAGUUGAUCUUCUUCUUGCACAGACAUGCUGGAUUCACCUAAUUAGUUGACAAAUGAGUUGCAGAUCCAUUCCUUGGCAGUUUGCGGGUCCUCCCUUGGACCUUUUCCGCUUCGCGAAGAAACUUCCCAAAGAUGUCUGUUUCUUACUUAUUUUGCUAGCUUGUGGGUUCAAUUUUGGCACUCAAGUGACCGAGAUAUAACCCGAGAAUAUAAAAGAUUUUUCAAAAUAAAAUAUCGUUCAGACUUGGAUAAUAAAUAAAAUGGAAAAAAUUAAGGAUUUGUUGUGCAGCCUGGUAACAAUUGAUCCACGAACCGGUACCGGUACGCAGCCCAGAGGGUUUGGGACCACUGAUCUUAAAUUACACGGGAAAUAUUAUACGAGACGUUUUGUAUUUUUAGUUUUUAUUAUGAUUUUUUUUCUUGUUUUUUUUGUGUAUUUUAUAUUAAAUAGUAGUUGAUUUUGCAUUUAAACUGGAAUAUAACUGAAGUUAAUGUUAGCGAUUGUAGAUCGUAUGUUUUUUAACGGCUAUAUCUAGAAUUGGGAAACCGCAUUAGCGACACUGGUGUCUGUUCUGUGAACUGCAUCAGGCUGACAGACGAAGAAUUGAAAAAUAUACAGUCAUGAUAAUUUGAUUAUAAAGUAUAUUUGAGAUUACAGACCAUUUAGGUCUAUGUGAAAUAUAGUCUGACUGCAGUAUCUCAUGAUACAUUGAGAUUAUGUUGACAUUCGUUGCAGAUGUCAUAGAAUGGAAAGAAUGGGAGUUCAUCACAUAUAUUUUCAAAGUCAAAUCAUCCUGAACAUCGUUCACAUAAAGUUUAUUUGUUACAAGAUUUUCACAUAUUGACAAAAAAGGGUGAUGACUGCAUGAAGUAUAUUACAUUCGUACAUAUAGGCCAUUUUAAAGAAGUUAUUUUAUUGUUUAUUACCCAUUAAUUAGUAUUGAAUUGUUUUAGAUGUUCUUUUUAUGUACAUCAUAAACAUUCCUCACUUUCUGCACUACUAAAGAGCUGCAUUUUAAGCAUUAUAUUUUUACUAAUUGACUUUUAAAAAUUGUAAUAAACAUAUUUUAUCACAAGAAGUAGUAUCUGCCUCUAAGAUCCCUGUGACAAAUGUCUGUGUUAUUUUUUGCUGCAUUGUUUCUAACUGUCUCAUAGUUAAGGGGGAGUACAAGAGGUCUGUCAACAGAACACGUACGGCCCUCCGGAGCUCUAAUCCUCACCGCAAGCCAGAAGAACCAAAUCAGACAACCCUUGACACCCACCGGACACACACACACAGAAAACACAAGUGACCAUGGCAUGACUGCAGAGGGAUUAUCGCUUGUCCCCUUCUCUCUCUCUCUCUCCCUACGGCCAUAUGCUUGGCACAAAAACACACCUCCCCCUUUACACACUUGUAUUCGUGUGCACAUAAACACACUAUUCAGAUCUACAGCCUUGAAUUCGUCUGUGGCCAAAAAGACAUCUUUUUAUAGCCUGCUGGUAAUCCUUUGACCCAGUUUGCCAUGCAAGAGCACACUAAUACACUACCAACUUUUGCCUGUCUUGCACUCAGUUUGGUUCAUUUGUCACAGAAGAGGUCCCGCAAGGGUUAUUUUGCAGGAAACAAGUCUUUAUAACGUGAUUUAGUUUUGUGGAAGUACUGUUGAUCAAAUGCCUGCUGAUUACAUCCUUGAGAUAAAAUGUUCAGCAAGAAUUUUGCAUUUUGUGAAUAAAUGUGCGCAAAAAUUGCAAA